AUGGCCAUCAGCUGCAGCACUAACCAGCCUCUUCUUCUCCAUUUCAUCAUCAUCACUAUACUGUUCUCUCUUAUGAUCCCAUUCGGAAGUUCAUUAAACUUCAACUUUUCCAGCUUCAGUAAUGACGGUAAAAUGAAAUAUGAGAGACCUGCUUACCCUGACGAAAACGGUACCAUCCAACUAGUCUCAACAAUUGUAACGGCUGGUCGUGCCACUUAUAAUAAAACCCUGCCGCUUUGGGACAAAACGACGAGAAAACUCACAGAUUUCACCACCCAUUUCUCUUUUGUUAUUGAUUCUGAAAAGAAUCCUUCAUACGGAGAUGGAUUGGCGUUCUUCCUUGCGCCUGCAGGUUCGGAAAUUCCUACCUCUAGAGGUGGAGGCUCUUUCGGUCUUACAAAAGAUGACGAGCCUCUAGAUUCCACAUCCAAUCCGUUUGUUGCAGUGGAAUUCGACAUCUACCACAAUGAUUGGGAUCCGAGUCCGCCAAGUGAUCAUGUAGGCAUUGAUAACAGCUCUAUGAGAUCAAACACCACUGUUACGUGGUGGAGUAACAUCAAGGAUGGACUGAGAAACGAAGCAUGGAUCACUUAUAAUUCUAGUACACAAAAUCUGAGUGUUGCCUUCACUGGCUUUAGAAAUAACGUUACAGUGAUGCAGUACCUCGAUUAUAAAAUAGAUUUGACGGUAUUACCUGAGUUGGUCACUUUUGGCUUCUCAGCAGCAACAGGAAGCGAAAAAGCAAAAUAUAGCAUUCACUCUUGGGAAUUUAAUUCAAGCUUAGAAGCUGCAAAUCCACUACGACCAAGUGAUAACUCGACUAGAGUAGGACUCGCAGUGGGAUUGAGUAUUGGUGGAGCUUUUUUGGUUGGAGGGUUGCUUUUGGUUUGGCUUGCUGUCAUACGUAGGAAGAGACACGGCGACGAUGAUGAAGAUAAACAUGGGUUCAGCGAGUAUAUGGAUGAUGAAAUUGAAAAGGGAACCGGACCCCAGAGGUUUUCAUACAAGGAAUUGGCCGGCGCAACAAAUAAUUUCAACGAUGAACACAAGUUAGGUGAAGGAGGCUUUGGCGGUGUUUAUAAAGGAGUUUUGAGGGUAUCAAAUUCUUAUAUUGCAGUUAAGAGGGUUUCAAAAGGGUCUAAACAAGGGGUAAAGGAGUAUGCGUCAGAAGUGAAAAUUAUUAGUAGAUUGAGGCAUAGGAAUUUGGUGCAACUUCUGGGUUGGUGCCAUGAAAAGAAGGAACUCCUUCUUGUUUAUGAAUUCAUGCCUAAUGGCAGCUUAGACUCCCAUCUUUUCAAAGAAAACAGCUUAUUGACAUGGGAGAUGCGGUACAAAAUCGCUCAGGACUUGGCCUCAGGAUUGCUAUAUUUGCAUGAAGAAUGGGAACAAUGUGUUGUCCACCGAGAUAUUAAAUCAAGCAACGUUAUGUUGGACUCAAAUUUCAAUGCUAAGAUUGGAGAUUUCGGAUUAGCUAGGCUUGUGGAACACUCAAAAGGGUCACAAACCACAGUUUUGGCAGGAACAAUGGGCUACAUGGCUCCUGAAUGUGUUAUAACAGGCAAGGCUAGCAAAGAAUCAGAUGUAUUCAGUUUCGGAGUUGUUGCUUUGGAAUUAGCUUGUGGGAGGAAACCAAUAAACCCUAUGGAAAAAGAAGGUCAAGUCUAUAUGGUGCAGUGGGUUUGGGAACUGUAUGGAAAUGGAAAACUUCUUGAAGCUGCAGAUCCAAGACUAAGUGAAUAUUUUGAUGAGCAACAGAUGCAAGUGUUGAUGAUAGUUGGGCUGUGGUGUGCUCACCCAGAUGAAAAUCUCAGGCCUUCAAUAAGGCAAGCCAUUCCUGUGCUUAAAUCUGAAGCUCCAUUGCCGGUUCUUCCACCAAAGAUGCCUGUGCCAACGUAUUUAGCACCUUCAGGAAAUAUGCCCAUAUCUGUACUUUCGAUUUCGUAUGAGGCGAAUUAUUCAGAAGGUGGUCAAAACCUUAACCAAUCUUCAAUCUCUAAUUACAGCACAAAUUCCUCACAGUUGACAUCAUCUUCUGGUGCUUCUUCAGCCGCAGCGCUUUUGAAAAAUACGUAUUAA